UAAAUGUCAGUCUUUCCGAGGAUUUCGCUAAGACCGGAGGUCGCCGAUUACCUGAAGGGAGUGUUUUUAAACAAGGAGUUGUUGGCAUCCAUUGGCAAGCAGGAAGCUGAACGCCAUUUCCAGACGCUUCUUUCCUGCCUGUCGCACCCUCCAUCUUACACCUGCGUCCGAACCAAUGUUCACCUGGCUUCGUUGGGGGAGAUCCGAUUAAAGCUUGGCGAGGAGCUAAAAAAGCAAACAUGGGGAUGUGAGGACGAGGAACUGGAGAUUGUUGCUCAUCCUGCAGUUCCAGAUGUGCUGCUCAUCCCUGUAGUCGGGCCCAGAUUAGUGCAGAAGCUCAGUUCUGUGGUGGUGGUUGGCACGCAGUGUGGCAACGCAGUACUGAGGGGCGCACAUGUGUUUGCCCCGGGAGUACUCGCGUGCCCAAAGUUCAUGAAGGCUGGUGACGCAGUUUCGGUGUUCUCCGAUGUUGAAGGAAAGUGCACCCGUGGAGCAUUUGGCUUUCACGGAAAGACGACAUUUGUGGGUAACGGAGUGGCAGAAAAGGACCGUACGGAGAUUUUCGGUGCUGGAGAAACUGCCAGGGGUGUCGGCGUUCGCAUGACGGAGCCACUGUACUGGAGUCCAUCCUUUGAUGGAGUUUUACCACACUUGGCCUUUUUACAGAACCUUCCAUCUGUGGUGGCGGGUCACGUUUUAGGUCCUCGUCCUGGAGAGCGCGUCUUAGACAUGUGCGCCGCCCCGGGCGGGAAGACGUGCCACAUCGCCACCCUCAUGAAGGAUCGGGGUGAAGUGGUGGCUUUGGACAAGAUCCGAAACAAGACCGAGCUGAUUCGCAAGAAUGCUAACAUAUUGCAGUUGCGUAGCGUCAAGGCGUUUUGCUUUAACAGCACUAAAGUUGUGAGCGAGGAUGUCAGCCAAGACACGGAAGGGCCGCCCUAUCCUCCUGAGAGCUUCGACCGCGUGCUGCUGGACGCACCCUGCAGCGGCCUCGGUCAGAGACCCAACAUGGCGAGUACUUGGACUCUUAAGGAAGUUUGCUCUUACCCUCCACUGCAAAGAAGCCUCUUCCACGCUGCGGUGCGUGCAUUGAAGCGCGGCGGCGUUUUGGUGUACAGCACAUGCACGGUGACGCUCGCAGAGAACGAGGAGCAGGUUGCCUGGGCUUUACGCACCUUCCCUGAGCUCACACUGCUACCUCAGGAACCCCGCGUGGGUGGCGAAGGCAUGCCUGGCGCGGGGCUGUCCCCGGAGCAGCUCCGCCUGCUUCAGAGGUUCCGACCUGAGUUGAGCUGGGAGGUCGCCGCCGACAUACCGCUCCCCUAUAGGGCCGACGGCGACACCAUCGGAUUUUUUAUCGCCAAGUUCCAGAAAAACUGA